AUGGGCGCCUGCCUCUCGAUUGCUGGCCCGCUGCCUCAACAGCGCGCCCUCUUCUUCCCGGACCGCGCAAUGCCUUGUCGGCAGGCGCUCAAGGGACAGCCCUGCAGGAGAAAACACUGCACGUACGAGCACGACGCCUCCCGUUCGUCGCUGAUGCAGCUGCUCGCGGUGAUUGGCGACGCGACGACGACGCUGGACGUCUGCGUCUUCACCAUAACGUGCAACGAGCUCGCCGACGCAAUCAUCGCGGCUGCGAAGCGCAAGGUGCGAGUGCGGGUCAUCACAGACGACAUACAAGCUACCAGCCAGGGCUCGGACGUGUCCGAACUAGCCCGAACCCCGGGCGUGACGCUGCUGCUUACGAACUACGAGAAUGUGGCCAUCACGAGCGGUGCGCCGGGCCUCAUCGGAGAGUAUACUCGCGAGUUUGAGAGGUUGUGGAGGGCGUUUGCAUGA